GGGCGGGGGGAGAAGGGUGUCUGGCUGGCGUGCGGCGACCAGCGCGGCCGUUGACGGGGCUGGCUAGGUACGAGACCAGCGGGGAGGGGCCGGGAGCCCAGACUGGCAGUUAGCAGCGACUCCCCUUUGUGUCUGGGCUGGGAACGGGCAGCGAGCAGGAGCCAGCCGGGGCUGGGAGGCGACGCGGGUGGAUCCCCCGCACCCCUCCUGGCCGAGCCCGUCUGCGGCGGGCGAGGGCAGGGAACAGGCGCUGCCGCGUGGGGGACUCAGCCUGUGGGGAGGCGCUGGGCUCCGCUCCCGCCCCGGGGGCACCCCACAGCCCGGAGCCGCCGGCUGAAGCCGCGGAACGCCCCUCGCCGGGUCUCUACGCGGAGCGGAGCGAGGAGGGAGAGGGGCCUCUGUCGCUCUCCCGGCCGGCCGGAGGCGAGCGGGACCUGGCGCCUGAUCCCUUGCUUAGCUCCCGUGGGGAGGGGCGAGGGCUGCGCUUGCAGAGAGCAGAUGGGCCCAGGCGCAGUGACUGCGGGCACCGCUCCUUGUUAAGAGACGCGGAGAGGGCGACGGCAGACAGAGCCCGUCCGCGGGAUGGGACGCGCCUCUGAGCCCAGGCUACUUCACCGGUGGUUCCGCGUGCCCAGGGCCGAGUAAGGAGGCGCCAGAGGUGACCGUUGCUAUCCGUUUUCCCUCCUCACCCCUGGAUAUGUUUCAUGCUAAACCUGGCUGCUUCUUCGAUAUCGUGAAGUUGCGUGGGAAAUAAUCUGGGUUUCGGGUGUGACCGCAAGAAUAGCUGCUCGCCCACGGGAAGGGAAAUGCAUCCUGGUUUGGAGACAAAACCUCCCUUUCCUAUGAGCGUUAGAGAGAAGAGGAGCCAAGUCCCGAGGCAUGAAGACAGAUGUGUGUAAUGGAGUAAGACCUCAGACAGCUCCUGUCAUCUGCCGUUUGCCCUUCCAGACUGGAUUGUGAUCCAAGAGAGUUUUAAGAUUGUUUAAAGGGAGAAAAAUUCUCCUUUCGGUAUUUUUUUUUCUUCUGCCUCCUUCUUUGGCUUCCUCAGGUAUGAGUGCCUCUCUGCAGCACCUUUUGCUGGUGCUCUUGCUCUCCAGUGCCACCCUGCUGCUCAGCACUGCGGCUGCUACCCAGAGUGAGGAGCGGCUGUGUGCAUUUAAGGACGCAUAUCAACAGGACCAUGGAACCAAUGAGAAUCAAAUCUCUCAGGAGAAUGGCACAAUUUUAUGUGUGAAAGGCACCAGCUGCUAUGGACUUUGGGAAAAAACACGAGAAGGAGACAUACAUCUUGUAAAACAAGGAUGCUGGUCUCACAUAGGAGACCAACAGGAGUGUCAAUAUGAGGAGUGUAUAGUAACAACCACCCCUUCCUUGAUUCAGAAUGGAACGUAUCGCUUCUGCUGCUGCAGCACUGACUUGUGUAAUGUCAACUUCACUGAAAACUUUCCUCCUCCUGACCCAACUGAUACAACACUUUUCAAUUCAUCUAAUUCUUUUCACCGAGAUGAGACUAUUGUUAUUGCCUUGGCCUCAGUCUCUGUAUUAGCUGUUUUGAUUGCUGCUAUAUUCUUUGGAUAUAGGAUGCUUGCAGGGGACCGUAAGCAAGGUCUACACAGUAUGAACAUGAUGGAGGCAGCAGCAUCAGAGCCUUCACUAGACCUGGAUAAUCUAAAAUUGCUAGAGCUGAUCGGCCGGGGGCGAUAUGGAGCAGUGUAUAAAGGUUCCCUAGAUGAGCGUCCAGUGGCUGCAAAAGUAUUUUCCUUUGCUAACCGCCAGAACUUUAUCAAUGAGAGGAACAUUUAUAGAGUCCCACUGAUGGAGCAUGACAAUAUUGCCCACUUCAUUGUGGGAGAUGAGCGAUUCACUGCAGAUGGACGUAUUGAAUAUUUGUUGGUGAUGGAAUAUUAUCCCAAUGGUUCUUUGUGCAAGUAUUUGAGUCUUCACACCAGUGAUUGGGUGAGCUCCUGUCGUUUGGCACAUUCGGUAACCAAGGGCCUGGCAUACCUUCACACAGAGUUACCUCGAGGAGACCAUUAUAAACCUGCAAUUUCCCAUCGCGACUUGAACAGCCGUAAUGUAUUGGUGAAGAAUGAUGGAACAUGUGUAAUUAGUGAUUUUGGAUUAUCCAUGAGAUUAACUGGAAAUCGACUGGUACGUCCGGGUGAGGAGGACAAUGCAGCUAUUAGUGAGGUUGGUACAAUCCGCUAUAUGGCUCCUGAAGUGCUAGAAGGAGCAGUGAACUUGAGGGACUGUGAAUCUGCUCUGAAACAAGUCGAUAUGUAUGCCCUAGGCCUUAUCUACUGGGAGAUCUUCAUGAGAUGCACAGACCUCUUCCCAGGGGAGUCGGUGCCAGAGUACCAGAUGGCGUUCCAGACAGAAGUUGGAAACCAUCCCACUUUUGAAGAUAUGCAAGUACUGGUAUCUAGGGAGAAGCAACGACCAAAAUUCCCAGAAGCUUGGAAGGAGAACAGCCUGGCUGUGAGAUCCCUUAAAGAGACAAUCGAAGAUUGUUGGGACCAAGAUGCUGAAGCUCGACUGACAGCCCAGUGUGCUGAAGAGAGGAUGGCUGAACUCAUGAUGAUUUGGGAGAGGAACAAAUCAGUCAGCCCAACAGUCAAUCCUAUGUCUACUGCCAUGCAGAAUGAGCGCAACCUGUCACAUCACAGGCGUGUGCCAAAAAUCAGGCCAUAUCCAGAUUACUCUUCUUCCUCUUAUAUUGAAGACUCAAUCCACCACACUGACAGUAUAGUGAAGAACAUUUCUUCUGAGCAUUCAGUGUCCACUACACCAUUGACUUCAGGGGAGAAGAACAGAAACUCCAUUAACUAUGAACGACAGCAAGCACAGGCUCGCAUCCCUAGCCCUGAGACUAGUGUCACCAGUUUGUCCACCAACACAACUACCACCAACACAACUGGCCUCACUCCUAGCACUGGCAUGACUACCAUAUCUGAGAUGCCUUACUCAGAUGAAACAAACCUACAUGCUACAAAUGUCAUGCAGCCUGUCGGACCAACUCCUGUUUGUCUGCAGCUAACAGAGGAGGAUUUAGAAACCAACAAGCUGGAUCCAAAAGAAGUAGAUAAGAACCUAAAGGAGAGCUCUGAUGAGAAUCUAAUGGAGCAUUCCCUUAAACAGUUCAGUGGACCAGAUCCACUCAGCAGCACCAGCUCCAGCUUGCUUUACCCACUGAUCAAACUUGCAGCAGAGGUGACAGGACAGCAGGACUUCACACAAGCUGGGAAUGGUCAAGCAUGUUUGAUUCCAGAUGUCCCAUCUACUCAGGUCUACCCUCUACCCAAGCAGCAGAACCUUCCGAAGAGGCCUACUAGUCUACCUUUAAACACCAAAAAUUCAACAAAGGAGCCACGACUGAAAUUUGGUGGCAAGCACAAAUCAAACUUGAAGCAAGUGGAAACUGGAGUUGCCAAGAUGAACACUAUCAAUGCUGCAGAACCUCAUGUGGUAACAGUUACCAUGAAUGGAGUGGCCGGGAGGAGCCAAAGCAUAAACUCGCAUGGUGUAACAACCCAAUAUGCCAAUGGUGCAGUGCCGUCUGGCCAGACAACCAGUUCAGUGGCACACAGGGCCCAGGAAAUGCUGCAGAAUCAGUUCAGUGGCGAGGACAGUCGGCUGAAUAUUAACUCAAGCCCCGAUGAGCAUGAACCCUUACUGAGACGGGAGCAGCAAGUUGGCCAAGAUGAAGGUGUUUUGGAUCGUCUAGUGGACAGGAGAGAGCGACCGCUGGAUAAUGGCCGAACAAACGCCAAUAACAACAACAGUAAUCCAUGUCCAAUGCAAGACGUUACUACACUUGGCACCCAGAGAAUGACAACAUAUCCUGGGCAGACCCAGACUAGAAGAGCACAGAGGCCUAAUUCACUAGAUCUAUCGGCCACAAAUACUUUGGACAGCAGUAGCUUGCAGUUAGGUGACCCAUCACAAGAUGGCAAACCGGGCUCAGGAGAAAAGAUCAAGAAACGUGUGAAAACUCCAUAUUCACUUAAGCGGUGGCGCCCUUCAACAUGGGUCAUCUCCACCGAGCCACUGGACUGCGAGGUCAACAACAAUGGCAGUGAGAGGGCAGUCCACUCUAAAUCCAACACUGCUGUUUACCUUGCAGACGGAGGUGCUGCCACAACAAUGGUGUCUAAGGAUGCAGGAGUGAACUGCCUGUGAAAUAUUUUAAAAGCCGACGAAAUGACAUUUUUGCAUUAUUUGAAACAAACACGCAGAAGACAUUUUAAAAAACUGCUUUCUCCUCCUGUCAGCACCCCCUGCCAAGAACUCGCUUUAAAUAGAUUUCAGCUAUGCAGAAAUUUUUUAGCUUAUGCUUCCAUAUUUUUUGUUUCAUUUUUUGAACGUUUUUGCACUUUUAUUUAGUAUCGCUAAAGUUAAGUCUGUCUGUUUUUGACCACAGAAUUAUAUAUAUGUGUAUCAAAAAUGUGGUCUCAAAAUAUUUUUUUAAAAAAAAUAACAAAAAAAUGUAUUGCUGAUAAUCAGUUUGGACCAGUUCCUAAAGGUCACUAAAAACAUAAGCAGACUAUAAGACAGGUUUGACUGCAGUGGUGUCUUGUAUCCAUGUUUUGAUUUCUGUGCACAAGUUAAUUAGUAUGUUUCUAUGUUACAGAGUGUAUUAUCUUUUGAACGCCCUACUUUUCUUGUGUUAUGUUGAAAUGUGCAAUAGUCUAUAGUUCACAGUAUGCUUUAUUGGAAAGUGUGUUUAUAAAACUGCCACACAUUCUCCCCCUCUUUGUGAGUAUUGGGUAAUUUUUUUCCUGACAGUUUGGCAGUCGGUCAUUAAUGACAGUGAACUUUGCACACCAUAGCCAGCUUGAAGCAGCUGCCAUUGAGCUCUAAGAUUAUAAUGGGAAAUGCAUGAAUUUUCCCCACCUUGAAAGGACUUUUAAAAGGAACAAACAAAAUCUGAUUUCAGCUGCCUUUCUUUUCAACCUUCCAUAUCUUAAUCAGUUUCCUUCAUAGGAGACAUGACACUGGAAGGGGAAGCUCAAAGCAAGACAGUGUUGAACAAAAUGUGAGGAAACAAAGUAAGUCUGCCAUUUUUCCAUUUGAUUUUUGCUGCAGUUUCACAGUUUGUAUUUAUGAACAUUUUUUAUUGAUUGCUAUUAAUGUGUAUUUAUCAGAAAUCCUAAUGAACUGUCCUACUAAGAUCUUGAAUAUAAGUAGGUUGCAUUUUGUUACUUACAAGAGAAAAAAGCCUGACUUAUGAUUGACACAAGAGAGUCAUGUGAUGAGCAGCUAAGCGUCUAUUCAAUACCUCCGCAGCGGUAAAUAUUGAGGUCUGGAGCCAUGUCCAUCAAAUUGCAUAUGCAAGUAUGUUUAUCCUAAUUGGCGGCAGCUGAGUUAAGUGAAAACUAGUUUUCUUAGAGUUUUGUAUAGACCUCUUAAUUCAUCUGGCUAUUAGAAUUUUAAACAUACACUUUUUAAAGUUAUGGCCAUGCGGGAGAGAUUUCCAUUUUUUAUGGUGAAAACACUCAGAAUGUAUGUAACACUACAUACAUUGACUUCAUGUAUUGUGACCAUUAAUCCCUUGAGGUGAGUGACCACAAUUUCUUCCCAGGAUACUAGAACUUGUUGUCUAUUUAAAAAGAAGUAAAUACUUCCUUACUGGCCAUUGCACCCACAUGAGGCCUUUGUCUCAAGAGUGAUUAUUUACCCUGCUGAAAUAAAUUUAAUAAGAAGUAAUUAGCUAAAAAAUUGAAGUAUCUAGCGUGGUGCGGCACUGAGCAAAGCUUUGUAGCUGUAUUUGAAAAUGGCUCAUGUCCCAACACCUAAAAAACUGUAGAAAAAUUAUUCCGUCAGCAUGCCAAAUCCCUAUGACAGGAUGCUGGCCGUCAAGAUUUGCCACCAAACUUGCCUUUUUUCAGCUGACUGAAUCUGAUUUUCUGUCCUUUCAAGACCAUUCAUUUCCUUGAUAUUGCUCUGGUACAAUCUUUCCCCAUAAGAUAACUUUCUAACUCUCUUUGAGUCUCUGAUGAUUACCUGCCAUAUGUAAUAUAUGGCCUUUCAUAUCUGACUCUGUUUCCCAAGCUUCCUUGUUUGCAUUCCUGUCUCUCUCUGGCAUCUUAUCAUGCUUCCUAAAUGCUGUAGGCCAGAUUCUGCUGUCAGAUACACCAGUAUAAAUCCAGAGUUACUCUGCUAUUAUACUGGUGUAACUGAAAUCAGACUCUGGCCCAGUGUAGUUGCAGGAGUGUAGAUUAGGGAAGAAUUUGGCCUCCAGCUCUUUAAGCACUGCCCGGGUCCUUACACCCAAAUAAAGGCCCCUGCUUUUCGCUUAGGCACAACUUUGUUAACCUAAUGUAUAAAUAUACAGUUGCUUCUCUUAUGUUACUAAAAAAUGUUCUCCAUUUUAUUUUCAGUUCUUUCUCCUGCUUGCCAUCUGUUGCAAUCUUACAUCCCAGAUAUUGAAACCUUGCCAUUUGUUCAGUUGGCUUGCAUUACACGCCGAUCUGAAUUCUUGGCACGAUAGUCAUAAUAUUGCAUGUGCUUUUGUUUCUUUGGGGGUUUACCUUAACUUGAAAUUCUUCACACUUUUUGGAUCUCUGUGUGAAUUUCUGGAGUACAAUACUUUGUUUUUUGCAACAAUCACGGUAUCAUGUGCAUAAUGAAGAUUGCUCACAUCUCUUCUAGUGACUUUUUGCUUUGCCUUAAGUGUAACCUUUAUCAUCAUUUCAGAGUGUUAGUUUAAAAAACAUCUGUAAAACACUCUGUGACAGUUCUCAGGGCAGCCAGGACUGUGUCUCACCUUGGUUACCCCCUACCUCCAGCAAGAGGGAGUCUUUCUUAUGGUAGCUGGGUGUCAGCUCCUUGAUACCAUGAGUCUUUCAGCCACUCGAGCACUCUUCUCUGAGCUAUGCCAUCCCUAACUUCACCUUGCAGGUUAAUAAGUGGUGCACCCCAAUCCCUGAGUCCUUUUGAAUUAUUCCCCUGCCAUAUUCAGCCCCUAACAUUAGCUACUCACAAAAAUUCCAGAUCCGCCCAUUUUAUCUUAAAUCACUGCACCUGUAAACCACGCAGCACUUGUGAGCACUUAUACUAAAACAAAACUAGGGUUAUUUAAGAAAGAAUAAAGAUUUAACUAGUGAAGUGAGAGAAAGUGAUAGAAACAACUUAUGACAACGCAAACCUGGGUCUACACUUACCAAUGGUUAUCUUUCUUAUAGACUCAUAGACUUUAUGGUCAGAAGGGACCAUUAUGAUCAUCUGGUCUGACCCCCUGCAUGCUGCAGGCCACAAAACCCUUCCCUGGACUCUGCCGUUGAAGUCCCCAAUCCUGUGUUUUAGUGACUUCAAUCGGCAGAGACCCUCCUGCUAGUGAUCCCUGCCCCAUGCUGCGGAGGAAGGCGAAAAACCUCCAGAGGCUCAGCCAAUCUACCCUGGAGGAAAAUUCCUUCCCGACCCCAAAUAUGGCGAUCAGUAAGACCCCGAGCAUGUAGGCAAGAGUCUCUAGCCUGACCCCUGUUGGCUAUUAUACUAUUUACGUACCAUUGAUUGGUUUUCCUUGGCUACUAUGUUUUACCAUUAAACCAUUCCCUCCAUAAACUUAUCUAACUUAAUCUUAAAACCAGACAGGUCCGUCGUCUUUCCCCUCAGGGUUCAGUCAAUUGCUGAGCUGGCGGGUGUCACAAGAAUCAGGAUCUAAAUGUUCAUGAAAGCCCCCUGCUCCUUAAGUGGUUUCCUCAGUGAAUGGAUCCAGAGUGCCUUUCGCUCUUUUGUCUUUAUUCAUAGCCCUGGUGAUAUCCUGCCUGCUGUAAUAUUCCUUUUCACCUCCAAGUGGUUUCAAUGAUUGGCAAUUGUCUUUGACGGUUUUCCAUUGACUGUACUGGGAUGUGGCCAGGUUAGAUAAUAGACCCUUGCAUUGCCUUGCCAGCUGACUGGGGAGGGGUGACAACUCCCUCUUGCUAGAAUGAGUCAUCAUUGAAACAUGUUGCUCCGGUGACUAAUUUUUACUCCACGUCCAUAAAGCAUGCUUUCAGUAUAAAUACAUUAUUUCUUAAAUAUCCGUACAUCUCACAAUGAUUGAGUCUUGACAUGUUAUGAGCUUUCUAUAGAUACCUUUUAUGGUACUCUUUAUGGAUAAAUAUCCUGUAAGAUGUGUUUGGUGCAGUGAGUUUGUCAGGUCUGAGGUGAGAGAUGUUUGCAAAGAACAGGGGCCCUUUGCCAAGGAGCCUCUGUAUCACAUACUCACACUCUUAUCUAAGGGUUUGUCUAUACUACAGCUUAUGCCAGCAAAAUUUAUGUCGGUCAGGGGUGUGAAUAUUCCAUCCUCCUCGCGCAACAUAAGUUACACCAACAUAAGCACUCAUGUGCACAUUGGUAUGUUGGCAAGAGACCUUUUAAUGCUGACAUAGCUUCUGCAACUCGCAGAGGAGGUUUUAUUACGCCAAUGGGAGAGCUCUCUCCCGUUGGCUUAGAGUGUCUUCUCCAGAUGUGCUGCAGCGGCACAGCUGUAUGUAUAGACAUGGCCUAAGUUGAAACAUGCUAGGAAAAGAAAAAUUAUUUGCUCUAAAUACUACUGCUUUCUGCCAAGGCUGAUUACACCAGUCUUGUAGCUUUUGUUUUAGGCCAGUCCUUUGUAAGAAUUCAAACUUUUUUAUGCUUGAUGCAAUCAAAAGGUUUAAUAAAAUCACUGUAUCAGAUGGAAAAGUCUUUCUGGCAUUCUGCAGUUUUCCCUAAGCAUCCUUAAAGCAAAUAUAACUUUCACAUUUCUCCUGUCUUUCUCUAACCUUUUGCUGAAAACCUUUGGGGUAAAUCACAAUUGUCAGAAAGUAUCUGUUGUAUAAUCUAUCAUGGAUAAAUAUCAUUUGUAACAUAGUAGAAAUAUGUACACUUUAUCCCAAUAUGAAUUCUAGAUCAAAAGGAGCAAUUUUAUUACUUCUAAAGGUCAACCCAAACAAAUGUUAGGUAUAUAUUAAAAUGUUCUAAUUUUGUAGCAUUAGAUGAGGUGAGACUAAAUAUGGCUUAAUUCUGAUGUAUAAUUAGCAAAGCCUUCGUUUUGCUCACAGUAGGUAAUCUUAUCUUUUCCACAGAACACAAUUCCUGUAAUUAAAUUACAUUGAAUUAUAGCUCACAAAAGUACCUUGGAGAGUCAUACUUAAGGUCAAGUCAAAUACAAGAGAGAGAAUUCUACAAAUCAAACCUAUUUGUUAACUAAUGUACAGUAAAUCAGUUUUGGAAAGUCCAGUUUAUUUCUUUGUUCUUAAAAAAAAUAUAUCAAUGGAUAAUGAUGAAAGUUUUUAAAUUACCAUUUUUCUAAAUGCAUAUUGCAGACAAUAUAAAUAUAUCAAAAUGACAAUAGACUGAUAAUGUAAAUAGCAAUGGAUUGUGCCAAUGUCAAAUAAGCAAUGGUAGAAUAUUUUAUAUGUUCACUUCUAAUAUGGAAUUCAAGUAAAAUGUUACAACAAACAUAGGUGACCUAUCUAUGUGUAGGAUACUCAGAAAUCUUAUUGGUUUUAGAAAAUCACACGUAUUAAAUCUAAAGGACUUGUCCACGCAAAUAUGUUGUCUGUUCACACAUUUCCUACUCCUAUGAAGUUAUUUAUCAACAUCACACAGUUAGUUUUGAGAAUAGGAAUUCCAGCCAUAUGUGUAGACAUGCCUAUAUGGUGAUAGAUUUAUUUUCUUUUUAACAGAAAUAGAGAUUUAUGAGUAGAUUAUGAGGAAAUUCAGGGGAAAUGUUCCAGAUAGUGCUCCACAAAUGCAUAUGUGCACACCGGCUAAAUAAUUAAAAGAUAAUCCCACUCUUGCUAUUCCCAGGCGUAUUUAAAUUGCAGAACUAAAAGUAAAGAAAUACUUCAUUUAAAAGAAAACCAGGAUGCAUUGUGAUUAUAUCAUUUUCCAAACCCGGGAAUACUUCAUUGUAAAAAAGACAAAUUUUGUCUGUAUUAUGUUUUGUUAAUAUAAUAGUUAACUUCCCAGUCUUUUCUGUCAUUCAUUCACAUCUAGAAAAUUAUCUGGUUUUAGUGGCAACACAGUUUUGUUAUUUUUUCAAAGUUUAUUGGGGCAGAAACAAAAGUGAAAGGGAUGUUAGCAGGUUGCAGGGAUAAACUGAAAAAUGUUUGAUAUGAAGUUGUUUAGAAAGUAAAUAUCCUCCCACCCAACAACUUACUCCAGAAAAGCUCUUUAAUCCUGAAUGCUACAGGAAAAGAUACAUAUAUUAAAAGAGACAUGAACAUAGACAUGUAUGGAAGAGAUUAUCAAACAAAAUUUGAUAAGUAAUAUAUUCUUACUCAGCAAAUACAUCUUAUGUACAUAAUAUAUAUGCUGCAUAAUUUCAGGGGCAUGCAGUUUGCUGGACCCCUCCAUGUGUUCUAAUGAUAUUGCUAAAGUACUUUUGAGAGAGAGAAAUUAAAAAUAUACAUAUUCCACUAGGGUAACAGUCAUGGAAAUAUAUUCAGAUAGUCAUUUUCUAAUGUGAUAAAAAAUGAAAACAGCACAACUAUUUUGUCCCUUAACCAUUAUCUAUACAGCAUAGCCUUUCUGGAAAUAGUAUAUAUGCAGUGCGUUUUACUGCCAAAAUGUGUCAGAACAAUGCAUCUUUUACGUUAUUUGAUUUUUGAAUAUAGAUUUACAUUCACAGCUUCCAGAUCCUGACUUUGAUCUAUAAAAUCUGUAGUUACGGGUGCUUAGCACCUCUCAGGAUUUGACCUCUUAUCCAUAAUGAAAUCUGCUUCCCACCUUUUUUGGUACAUAUAAAAAGAGUUAGUAAACCAUGGGCCAGCUAUAAACACAGAAAUUGCAACCUGAACAUCUGUCAUGAGUAAAAUUCAUACACGUAAGUCAAUACAGAAAAGUUUUACAUUAUGCUGUGAUUUAUACAUGCACACAGGCACUGACUUUUGGUUUUCCCGGUGGGUGCUCCACCCCCUGCUCCACCCUGAGGCCCCACCCUUGGCCUGCACCCUCCUCCGAGGCCCCACCUUCACGCCUCCCCUAAUGCUCCCGCUGCUCCCUCCUCUCCAUUCCCUCUCCUGAGGCUGCCCCAACUGCCGCUCCCUCCUCUCUGCCCCUCCCUCCCCUAGCACCGCCAACCAGCCAGCCCGAGAGCGGAUCAGCGGCCAGCCCCAAGGCCAGAACCAGUGUGGCUGGUAGCUGCUGAGCACCCCCUAUUUUUUUUCCAUGGGUGCUUGAGGCCCGGAGCACCCAUGGAGUUGGUGUCUAUGUACAUGCACCAAAUAAUUGUUUUAAUCUUGUUUUUUCCUUUAUCAUUUUCUCUGUGGUAGCAAUAAGGAACUAUCUAUAGUAUAGAGUAAAUCUGUAGGCUGUGUCCUUAUCCAGAUGUCAGAACUCAUUUGUAACAAAUCUAACAAAACAUUCACCCACAGAUAGACAUCUCAUUAGCCUAUGAAAACUGGGCUGUAGAUCAUUCAGCACUUUCUCUACGUUUAGAUUGUGGAUUUUGCACUCAGGUGUGCAGCACAUCAGUCAGGUAGAUUUGUAUUUCUCAGUUGUUCACAUUUUAUAUGCAUUACUUUUAACCCUUUCUUACUGCAAAAGCUAUACAUACUGCAAUGGAGCCAUAAUACAUUUUUGUAUUUGAAAUAUUGUGUAUGUAUUUAGAUGCAUAUGUGUUAUGCAUUAAUUCCAUUUUUAAAUACUAUGAGUUGGGUAUGAAAUAGGCACAUAUAAAGUCCUGAUCAAAUAUGUAGUUUUUCACAGGCCAUUUUUAAGUUGCGUCUUCUCUAUAUUGCAAUAGAAAUUGGACUACAAGUAUGAAACUAAUACAAUUCCUCCUAAAUACUUAAUAUCCCUUAGAAUAGAAUCUGGUCAUUGACUGUAACUGGACUGUAUGUACUUUGAAGAAAGGUAAAAAAUGGGGAAUACAGUCGAUAGCUGAAUAAUUAAAGGUUGUUGGGGUUUUUUUUAAGUUACACUCAGAACAUUAAAAUUAAGUUUUUGAAAUAAAUCUAAGAUAUUUAAAAAGUAAUAUUUGACAUUUUCUUUUACAAGACCUUUGUGAUGUUAUAGCUAAGGUUAUGCGUGCAGUUCCGAUAUAAAUCCAAUUUUUCACAAGGCCUUAAAUAUACUGAAAAAAAUUCUCUUCUUGGGUUAAAAGUUAUACAAAGCUUCAAGUCAGGAAUAUAUCUGUUUUGUUUUGGUUUUGUGUUUUUCAUUUUUAAAAUGUAGUUUAGUUUUGGUGUAAAAUAAUAAUUAAACAGCUGUCACAUUUUGGGCUUCCUUCUGCUCUCACUGAAGUCAAUGACAAAACUUCCAAUGACUUCUGGCAGGAUCAAACUUUUGACUCUCCUGGGAAUUAAAAUGGGAAUUCUAUUUGGUAUAACUUUGUCUAAGAAAUAGUUUGUAUAGGACUUGAUUCAAUUUCCAUUAAAGUCAGUGGGAGUCUUGCCAGUGAUUUCGGUGGAAGCAAGAUCAGGCCCCCUGGCCUUCUUUACAGUAGAUUUUCCCCCUUUUUAUAAUUUCUCAUCAUUGUUACCACUGGUGUAGCUCCAAUAGCGGGAAUGCUAAUGUACACAGGCCACUUCUGGGUGCCGGCAUUUUGAGCAGGGUUAGAUAAUAUUCUAACUAAAGCUGCACCAGCAGGUCUACACUAGUCCAGCCAUGACAGCAGAGCUGCACCAGUGGGAGCACUGGCAGGACAUUGGAAGAUAAAGGGCCUGUUUCUCAUUAACUGUAAGGUUCCUUUAUAGUGGUCUGGGCUUUGAUGUAGUCACAGCCAUUGUCCAGGAUUCAGAUUAAAACACUGUUUUACUCUACGGCACAUGCCAAUGCCAUUUUAAAUAAUCCUUACUAUGUAGCUCAAGUGGUUUAAUUUACAUCAUUGCAAAAUAAAAUCGAACCCAGUGAACUGCUGAUCUGUAAUAAUCUGAAGUUGACAGUGAUUCCAAAGGUGCCAUUCUAGUUAAUUUCAAUACAUAAUCCAUGUUUCAACAAAUUCAGUAAUUGGCCUAGGUUUGGAAAAGCUCCUUCAAAUCUCUUCCAUUCUCUUGGGUAAAUUAAUCCAUGAGUUUGGGGACAAGGGGGCGGAGUUGUAGGGGUGGCUAAUUGGCUGUUUUACAAUUUACAAUGAAAGGUCGUGGCCGUUUCCACACUUUUGCCGGUUUGUUAAAGAUCGAAACUAGCUCCUUUCUUUAGAGUUUAGUACAGGGGUAGGCAACCUAUGGCACAUGUGCCGAAGGCGGCACGCGAGCUGAUUUUCAGUGGCACUCACACUGCCUGGGUCCUGGCCACUGGUCCAGGGGGCUCUGCAUUUUAAUUUAAUUUUAAAUGAAGCUUCUUAAACAUUUUAAAAACCUUAUUUACUUUACAUACAACAAUAGUUUAGUUAUAUAUUAUAGACUUAUAGAAAGAGACCUUCUAAAAACGUUAAAUGUAUUACUGGCACGCGAAACCUUAAAUUAGAGUGAAUAAAUGAAGACUCGGCACACCACUUCUGAAAGGUUGCUGACCCCUGGUUUAGUAGUUCGGGGGGCUUCCAAAAGUUAGCUUUUCACAGUUGACUUACUCAUUUUUCAGGCUGAGUAGUAAUUUUGCAAGAUUUCUUUCUGGAGCACUUGAUUCAAUCUUGUGUGUUCAGAACCUGAUGAUGAUGUAGUCUACAGCCUAAUCAUAAUAUGCCUUAGGCUACCACAUGCAUGUUCGGUCACCACUGAAAGGAAAGGAAAUAGUUAAUGGGAUCAAGUAACAUUAAGGUUGUGAGGAAAGCAGGUAAGGCCAAGUUAAUACUGAGUUCAUUUGUCACUUUGAUUUUCCUGGUUUGUGGCUUUUAUCUCUCUCUCUCUCACACACACUCACUCACACACACACACACACACACACUAUAUAUUUUAAGAUUUUUGUAUGUAUUUUUUCAUCUGCUUCUUGUCCUUAAAGGAACAUAUGCUGUAUUCACAUUUUAUAUAUGCUGGAAUCAUACCUUACAAUUGUUAUUGGUUACUUCUGCCGCCCUCCCCACGAUAUACAAGGACAACGGCCAAAUACUGAUUUGUAGGGUUUGGUGUUUUGCAGAAGCUGAAGUGUGGAGAUGUGAAACUGCUGUUCUCCUUAUGAAAGAAAGGAAAACUAUAACCUAGAGAGCAUUAAUUUCUGAAUGAGCUUUUCUGGGGGAAAAAAGCCUAAAAUAAUAAUUUUGGAGUAUCACCAGAACCCUUUUGCUAACGGAUAUUGUUGUGGGUUUUCUUCUCUCAAAUUACAGAUGAAAUAUCAUGUAUUAAUUUAUAAAUAGUUACUUUCAGUUAUUUUCCUUUUGUAUAAGCUGCCCAGUACCUCGCUAUGCUGUCUAAGUUGUGUUUUAUGGAACAGUGUGAGUAUGAAAUCUAAAAAGCUAAUUACUUUUCCUUUUUUAAUCAUCUGUGGAUGCCACUAUGAAAGCUGACAUCGUUAAGCCACUACAGAGUUUUCUAUGAAUACUUGUAAGAAAAUGCUUUGUUACAUAUGAACCUAAAUAAAGAGAUUGUAUUGAUACAAACGCAGGGAUAAGAACAUUUAAAGACUAUUCUUUAGGUUUAAAAGGCUUGCUGUAAAACGGUGCAUUAUUCCAUUUAUUAAAGAUCAUAUUCAUGACAAGAA